GGCCAUGGCCGAGUCCGAACCGUUUCUGCAAACAAAGGCAGAAGAUGACGAUCAGGGACAGGAUUAUGGGAUUCCUCUGCACGAUACACAUAUCGAUGAUUCCGCCCUUGCAUCUAUCGAGGCUGCCGUCUUCCGCCAUGAUACCCGACGUGCUUCGCUGACGACCUGGCGAGGGAUAUCAGAACGAGUCCAAAGCAAAGUUAGGUGGCUACCCUCCAUUGAGCCGCCAACUGCCACCAACAUUCGACAAACCCUGAUUGAAGCGCUGCCACGAUACUUCAGACCCAGAUCCCUCGGCAACACAUCCCCACCAGGUCCAACGGCGUACCUGGAUGCUUUGCGAGGGUAUGCUGCCUGGAACGUGUUUCUCGCUCACGGAUAUAAAGACUACCACUUCUGGUACAAGCACCAGCCCAUUCUAUCGGCGCUGAUGGCAGGAGAAGCGAUGGUAGCUCUCUUUUUCGUCAUCUCUGGCUACGUCUUGAGCUAUCGACUACUCGUCUACACCCACAACAGAUCCGGCGACAAGCUGCUGUCAGGGCUGGCAAGCAGCACGUUUCGACGUGGUAUGCGGCUGUAUGGUUCGACGACCGUGGCAUUGUUUGCCGCCAUGAUUAUGGUCCGCUUACAGCUGUAUGACGGUGGUGGCAAGUACCCACUUCAUAUCGACUCCUUAUGGUCGCAGCUUGUCGAUUGGACGUUAACACUCUUUUUCUUCCUAAACCCCUUUGCCACCGAGAUCCAUGGCUACUACACUGCCGAGGGCCUCCAGAAUAAAUACCUGGGACCUAUGUGGACCAUUCCUGUUGAGCUGCGUGGUAGCAUGAUCAUUUUUAUCUAUAUCGCCGCCACCUGCAGGCUCCGCGUCUACGCACGAGUGGCCUUGACGUGUGUCUUCAUUGUCACCUGCUACGUCUGGGGCGCCCUUUAUGUCGCCGACUUUUUCAUGGGCCUGCUGCUCGCCGAGCUCGCACUCCUGCGCCGCCCAGAACGUCUCCAGACGGCUCCGUCACUGCCCGAACAUACGACCGUACAGGUGCGUCCAAGACAAAGUAUUGCGUCAAAGUGCAUAUGGACGGCUGUCUUUGUCGUUGGCUUGUUCCUCCUUGGGGAGCCGGAUGCUAAGACAAAUGCGCUGGGCAUUUUCGGCGACUGGCCUUGGGCGAUUCUCCGGAGUUGGAUUCCAAGCUAUCUGCACUGGGCUGACAAGCUUUCCUGGUAUUUGGGUAUCGGAUCAUUCCUGCUCAUUCUGGGCCUGGAAAUGUAUCCUACGCUUCAGGCACCGCUACGCUGUGGAUGGAGCCAAUAUGUUGGGGACCUCAGCUUCGGCAUCUACGCUUUACAUGUUCCUCUUCUGGUGGCCAUCAUCGGCCAUUGGUACGAGGUUGACGUCCGCUUGGCAUACGGCUGGGACAAGGGCUGGGGCAUUCUGCCCGGUGCUAUCAUCAUGCAUCUCGCUGUCUUUGCUUGCGCCGACUAUUUUCACCGCGUUGAUAGACGGGUGGUGGCCUUGGGCAGGUGGAUCCAGGUAAAGUGUUUUGAGCGUUGGGACUAGAUUUAUCUUUGGGUGAUUAGAUGCUGGGGCACGCAGAG